CAGAGCGCCCAUGGGCCCGAGGAGUGUCCGGCCCUUCUGACCGCAGAGAACAGCAUGGAGAAGCUCACCAUUGGGGACGAUGGCAUAAAAGAAUUAAGUGAUGGUUUAACAGCUGUGGCACCAAAACUGACCGUUUAUCUCCUCCCCACAGAGACACCGGCGCCCCAGCCCGGACCCCCCCACGCAGACCCGGCUCUGCUGUACCCCCUGACCCUGUCCCCGGGCCCGAUCAGCCCCCUGACUCACCUGGGAGCUCUGCUGGGUGGGCACGACGCGCACAGGACGGGCGGAUGGGGCAGGGAAAUCCCUCACCGCGUUGUGAGGAAUGAGCGCCUGGACGCGAAAAUGCGCUCGGGACCUGACCUGAGGCUCUGCGCGCUGCGGGAAAUGAGGCUGCUGGAGGAUGGUGUGGAGGUAUUAGAAUGCCAGGAGGGGACGAGAAUGGACCCGGGGUAUCAGGGAUGCCAGCUACUGGGAGCAACACGGCAGGUGGGAAGAGAGGCCCACGCGGACCAGAGCAUCAUCAUCCUGCACGCCAAGGUGGCCCAGAAGUCCUACGGCAACGAGAAACGGUUCUUCUGCCCUCCUCCAUGUGUCUAUAUCAGGGGUCAGGGGUGGAGGGUCAUGCAGGACCAUUUAAAAGGUGCAGUAAUGGUGUUUGCGGCUGGUUAUGGAGACUCGGUUUAUCGCACAUGCGGUUACAUGUGUCUGGACAGCUCCAGUCAGUCGCAGGCAGACACAUUCAAACUGGUUUUUGACGAGCAGCCAAACUCCAGGCAGCUCUUUGCUUGUGCAAAGUCCCUCUUCAUCUCUGACCAGGACAAGAGGAAACACUUCAGCCUGGUGCUGAGACUCUUCUUGGGCAACACACAGGAAGUGGGAUCCUUCCAGAGCAAGAUGAUCAAAGUCAUCUCCAAACCCUCCCAGAAGAGACAGUCUAUGAAGAAUGCUGACUUGUGCAUCUCCUCCUGCUCCAAAGUGGCUUUGUUCAACCGCCUACGCUCUCAGACGGUCAGCACUCGCUACCUCUCAGUGGACAGAGGAGCCUUCGUGGCCAGCGCCAGGCAGUGGACGGCCUUCACCAUCACCAUGGUGGAUGACCAGCGUGCUGACCAAGGGGGCUUUGUGCUGAGUGAAGCCUUCAUCUGUUACGGCUCUGUGGUCCAGUUAGUUUGUCCUGAGUCAGGAGUGGCUCUGCCACCCAUGGUGAUUCGGAAGGUCAACAAGCAGCACGCCAUCCUGGACGUGGACGAGCCAGUUUCUCAGCUCCACAAGUGUGCGUUCCAGUUCAGAGACGACCAAAACGCUUAUCUCUGCCUCUCAAACGACGCCAUCGUGCAGCAUCAGGCCCCGCCCAGCGCCAGAGACCCCAGCAGAGUGGUGCUGAACGAUGGAUCCUGCUGGACCAUUAUCGGUGUCGAAGCAGUGGAGUUCACCUUUAACCAGGGUCUGGCCUGCAUUCAGACACCAAUCAGCCCCUUUCCCGUGAACGGGGGAGGACACGUUGCCAUGCUGGAGGUCGACGGGGAAAACUUCAGUCCUCAUCUCAAAGUCUGGUUCGGCAACAGUGAGGCUGAGACCAUGUUCAAGUCAGCCAGGUCGCUGCUGUGCGUGGUUCCGGACGUCACGGUUUUCUCCGACGGCUGGCGCUGCCUGCGGCGCCCCAUCACCGUUCCCCUUUCUCUAGUCAGGAUGGACAGCCUGAUAUAUCGGACGCCCUUCAGUUUCACCUACACCCCCGAGCUCCACCUGCCUCCGGCCCCCCGGGGACCGGCCGGAGGCGCGAGGAGGGAGGGUGGGCCGGACGGCGUCCAGGAGGAUGAAGAGGACGUCCUCCUGGAGACCAUCCAUCAGGAGUUCACCCGGGCAAAUUUUCACCUCUUCAUGCAGAGUUAG